AUGGGAAGUAGUAGUACUGGUGGGGGUGGCCCGGUGGUUUCAGCGGGCAAUGUCGGCAUCACGGCUGUCCUCGCCGGCCUUGCCGUCGUGCUCUCCGCGGUCACGUACAUAGCAAACAAGCGACGCACAGGCGAGCCCCAUGUGCCAAGCCACGUCUCGUUGCUUGGGAGGCGGUCUACUGAAGAGCGUCACGGCACAUAUGGAAAUAUUAAUAGCAACAGUGGGGGCGCAAUUGCGGCUGGGGGUGGUGGCGGUGCAAGCAGGCACACGGGGGCUGCGGGCAGAGGAGGAGAAGAAGCAGAAGCAGAAGCGACAAGUGACCAUAAGUCAUACUACGCGGUGCGGGCCGAGAGGCACGUGGGCCAAUUUAACGCCAGCCUUCUUGAGUGGCGGGACGAUGUUAUAGGGGUGCGCAUGCUCUUCUCGCCAAUCCUCUUUGCAGUGGAGACGGAGGAGCGGCAAGCACCGCUGCUGCUCGUUGCUCUGCGGUACCUACGACAGCCAGAGCACCGCGUCGCUGUCAUUAUUGAGUCAUGCGCCACUGCAGUUACCGCAAAGGAGUACCGCGACGGUAGUCUCGCUCGCAUACGCGACUGUGUCAAGCUUUUGUCAUGUAGCACUACUCGUAUUGGUGCCACCUCACACCCCUGCGCAGAGUACUGCUACAUGGAUGCGGGCAACAAUCUGCGUUAUGCCCUGUCCGUGUUUAUUACGCAUGGACAUUUGGCAGUCACAGCGCAGUACGUCGCUGACACACGCGUCAAGGGGGUACUACCGACGGCCUUCAAUGAACUUGUGCGCUCGAUUCAGCUCCAGCCACCGCGGCCAACUUCAUCGUACUUGUUGUGUGCUGAGCCGCGCCUUGGACUGGGAUUUCGACUACCGCUUGAUUUUGCCAUGAAUGACCAGCUCCGCGAGGCUCUUGCGGCAUUUGAUGAGCCUUCCGUGAAAAACGGAAGUGUUGAAGGUGGAUAUAGCAGCCACAACGGUGGCGCUGGGGGCCAUCAUGGCGGUGCCAGGUCCUCAUCGAUGGAGUUGUCGUCAAGCGUGCGGAACCUGCGACUUUGCCCUGGCGGUGGUGGAAAGAACACGGGUGGCGGUAGUGAGUGCAGUACACCCUUCGCUGCACUCGCGGGGUGUGGGCCGCGGCGGAUGAUGGUGGUGGCGUCCUAUGAGCCGCUUGCACGUGGCCACGUCUCGUGGCAGCCGCUUUUCGAGCGUGUGCUGCACACGACACUGACGCGCUUUUCGGCGACUCAACGAGUCGGCAGCGGCAGCGGUGAAGAGGCUGAAGAGGAGCAAAGGAAAGUGACGCCGCCCAUUGCCGUCGUUUGGUGUGCUAAAGGGCAAGAGUUGUCGCAGGAGAGGAAGGACAAGCGCGGCACCAUCAUUGUGCGCCCGCAGCAGCUCCUUGUGCCCACCAACGGCGACUCUGCGGUGGACGAUGACGCCGGCGACACGCUUCUGCUUGACGGCGCCUUUUGUGUGCAGGAAAUCACGCUUGACCCGAAAGGGGCGUCAUUUGCGCUCCUGCGUGAUUUGCUGCAGCUGCAGUCUGAGGAGGGGUACGAGGAGGCAACGGCAAACGAGGCAGGUGGAGGGUCACAACGAGAGAAAGCGCAGAGAAGGAAGGCGCCCACCGCCGUCAUAUCGGCGUAUCUGAGUGUCUUUUGCCUGCGCAUCCGCGACGCGUGUGUGUCGAUCAGCUUUCUCUCCUCCGCAAAGCGGCACACCUUGGAGGAAUUCAUCACCUUCUGCCGCCGCACGCUGGACACCGUUUCGGUUGGCAACCACUUUGGCCAGAGCACCUCCCUCAUUUACUGCAAUACACGGCAUGAGGUGCUGCCGUUCAACAUUCUUCUUGACCCCGCGAGCGCGGCGGAGGCCGCUUCGGUGCUGGUGGAAGAGCCCCUCAUUGGCGACCCCCUGGCUCUGAUCCACGUCAGCGGUCUUGAGCACGUCCGGGUGCUGUUGCGCGUGUUCCCGUGUCCCUCCGCCCCACUCGUGCUACUGCAGUCGCAGUGCCGGGCGAAGACGCGCCUGGAGAAGGUCGUGCGGAACUACUUGCUGCAGCUGCCAGAUCGUGUGUGUGUGCACCACAUGGAGACGACGAUGCUCGGGUCGCGCGCCGCGCUGGAGAUUCACUAUGAGCAGAUGGUUGACGCCGACGACAGCGACGCGGGUUUGCUCGCGCUGGACGAGGAGGUGGGGAACAUCAACCCCUUCGCCCGCUACUGGAGCACCGCAGCCUACCCUGCGGUAGGGGGCGGGGCGGCGGGGAGUUUGGCGCCGCCCACCGCCGCAUCGGACGGCGCUGACGUGGCCCCCGCGUUGGCGCCGUCGUGCUCAGUUGACCCGCCGCCGCUGCUGCUGCGCUCGCCCUCCCGCGACUCCCGUGAGGAGGUGGCGUCGAUGCGCGUGGGGGUGGUGGUGUGCUGCGAGGGCUGUGCCUUUUUGUUCCUUGCGUCCUCCAUGGAUUACUCGCUCAGUGCCGUGCGGCAGGUGGUGCGCCAACUUGCCGCCAACAUCUCGUUCGGGACAAGCGCCCUCGCGUAG